AUGCGGAGAGAGUUGGCGGCCAAGACAGCAUACUGCGCCGGACUGGAGCACAAGUUGGCGGCCGCGCUGGUGGUGUGUGAGGAGAAGGCAGGUAAGGACAAGGUCAAGUCACUGCUGGCAGCCGAGCUGAAGGACUCUGUGGCGCGCAUGGCCGCCUUUGAAGAGGCUCUCGAGGGCAUGAGGGCAGAGUACGAGGCGCUGUAUGUGGCCAAGGGCGCCGAGGCCGCCCGGAGGAUGCUGGCCGAGGCGCGCGUGGCCGAGCUGGAGGCCCAGCUGGCGGCACUCCGGCUGACGUUGUCGCCUGAUCCGCUGCGAACCAUGCGUGCCACUGGUCCGGAGACGCUCUCCGACUCGGACGGAGUGACGCCGACCUCGCCGUCGUUCCCGCGCCCGUCGGAAGCGCCUGUGGCUAGUCCUGACCCGCCGCCGCGCGCGAAUGCGCAGCCAGAGCCGGACUCUGUCCUGCUCUCAGACUCGAUUACCAUCUCGGACGUCACCCUGUCAUCGUCGGACGAUGCCGAGCUGGUGGCAAUCGCCCAGCAGAGAGCCGAGUCCCUGACGCCGUCAAUCUCGCUCUCAGUCUCGCUCUCGUCAGAGUCGGAUGCUGAGCCUGGGCCGGUGCAAGUGCCAGAGCCGCGCCCGAGCAAGUCACAGCGUCGUCAGCGGCGCAAGCGUCCGCUGCCUGUAGCCCCGGUUGCGGCAUCUGCUCCGGCUGUGGAGAGCCAGGAGCGCCCGGCGCCAUCGCGCAGACGACGCAAGAAGAAGCGAGCAUCCGAGGCCGAGGUGCCCGCUAAGCAGCGAGACCGCCGGCGGAAGAAGAAGCGAACGCGAUCGUAG